CUUCGGCUGCAUCAGGCCAACAGUCGUCACCGCUCGGUUUUUUUCGCCUACGUUCGGCGGCGGCCCCGGAAGAGCGCUCAUGGAGCCGGGCUUGCCGGCUCGACGGAUAGCUAUGGCGCCGCUGCUAGAAUACGAGAGGCAGCUGGUGCUGGAGCUGCUCGACACCGACGGUCUGGUCGUGUGCGCCCGAGGGCUUGGCGCGGACCGGCUCCUCUACCAUUUCCUCCGGCUCCACUGCCACCCGGCCUGCCUGGUGCUGGUGCUCAACACGCAGCCGGCCGAGGAGGAGUAUUUUAUCAAUCAGCUGAAGAUAGAUGGAGUCGAUCAUCUCCCUCGACGUGUGACCAAUGAAAUCGCAAGUAAUGGUCGCUAUGAGGUUUACACACAAGGUGGUGUUAUAUUCGCAACAAGUCGAAUACUUGUGGUUGAUUUUUUGACUGAUAGAAUACCUUCUGAUUUAAUAACUGGCAUCUUGGUGUACAGAGCCCACCGAAUAAUUGAGUCUUGUCAGGAAGCUUUCAUUUUGCGCCUCUUUCGCCAGAAAAACAAACGUGGUUUCAUUAAAGCUUUCACAGACAACGCUGUCGCCUUUGAUACUGGCUUUUGUCAUGUGGAAAGAGUGAUGAGAAAUCUUUUCGUGAGGAAGCUGUAUCUGUGGCCUAGGUUCCAUGUAGCAGUCAACUCUUUUUUAGAACAGCACAAACCUGAAGUUGUGGAAAUUCAUGUUUCUAUGACACCUGCCAUGCUUGCCAUACAAACUGCUAUACUGGAUAUUUUAAACGCAUGUCUAAGGGAACUGAAAUGUCAUAACCCGUCACUGGAAGUGGAAGAUUUAUCUUUAGAAAAUGCUCUUGGGAAGCCUUUUGACAAGACAAUCCGCCAUUAUCUGGAUCCUUUGUGGCACCAGCUUGGAGCCAAGACCAAAUCCUUGGUUCAGGAUUUGAAGAUAUUGCGGACUUUGCUGCAGUAUCUCUCGCAAUAUGAUUGUGUCACAUUUCUUAAUCUUUUGGAAUCUCUGAGAGCAACAGAAAAGGCUUUUGGUCAAAACUCAGGUUGGCUAUUUCUUGACUCCAGCACCUCAAUGUUUGUAAAUGCUCGAGCAAGGGUUUAUCAUAUUCCAGAUGCCAAAAUGAGUAAAAAAAGCAAAAUGUCUGAAAAAAUGGAAAUUAAGGAAGGACAAGAAAUGAAAAAGGAACUGGUCCUAGAAAGCAACCCAAAGUGGGAGGCACUAACUGAAGUACUGAAAGAAAUUGAGGCAGAAAAUAAGGAGAGUGAAGCCCUUGGUGGCCCAGGUCAAGUUCUUAUCUGUGCAAGUGAUGACCGCACAUGCUCCCAGCUGAAAGACUACCUCACCACCGGGGCAGAGGACUUCUUACUGCAGCUGUACAGGAAGACCUUUGAGAAGGACAGCAAAGCUGAGGAAGUAUGGAUGAAAUUUAGAAAGGAGGAGGGUUCAAAGAGAACGAUGAAAUCCAACAAAAGGCCCAAAGACCUCCAACAGAAAGAACGGGGUUCUAUCAAAGAAAGAAUUCCCAAAAAGAAAAAACGAAGGUUGACUCUAACUCAGAUGAUAGGAAAAUCUGAAGAAGUGGAAGAGGAAGAGGAUGUUGAGGAAGGAUAUCCUAGAGAGAUAAGCAGUAGCCCAGAAAGCUGCUUGGAAGAAAUUAAGCAUGAAGAAUUUGAUUUAAAUUUGUCAUCUGAUGCUGCUUAUGGAAUCUUGAAAGAACCCCUCACCAUCAUCCAUCCGCUUCUGGGUUGUAGCGACCCCUAUGCUCUGACAAGGGUUCUCCAUGAAGUGGAGCCAAGAUAUGUGGUUUUGUAUGAUGCAGAGCUCACAUUUGUUCGUCAGCUUGAAAUUUAUAGGGCAAGUAGGCCGGGGAAACCUCUGAGGGUUUACUUUCUUAUAUAUGGUGGAUCAACAGAGGAACAACGUUAUCUCACUGCUCUGAGGAAAGAAAAGGAAGCUUUUGAAAAGCUCAUAAGGGAAAAGGCUAGCAUGGUUGUCCCUGAAGAAAGAGAAGGCAGAGACGAAACCAACCUGGACUUAGCAAGAGGCACAGCAUUGACACAGGCUGUUACUGACACCCGCAAAGCCGGCGGCCAGGAACAGAAUGGAACACAGCAAAGUAUAGUCGUGGACAUGCGUGAAUUCCGAAGUGAGCUCCCAUCUCUGAUCCACCGCCGGGGCAUUGACAUUGAACCUGUGACGUUAGAGGUUGGCGAUUACAUCCUGACGCCAGAAAUGUGCGUGGAGCGCAAGAGCAUCAGUGACUUGAUUGGCUCUCUGAAUAACGGCCGCCUGUACAGCCAGUGCAUCUCCAUGUCCCGCUAUUACAAGCGCCCUGUGCUUCUGAUUGAGUUUGACCCCAGUAAGCCCUUCUCUCUCACAGCCCGAGGUGCCUUAUUCCAGGAGAUUUCCAGCAACGACGUUAGUUCCAAGCUCACCCUUCUCACACUUCACUUCCCCAGACUCCGCCUUCUCUGGUGCCCUUCCCCUCAUGCAACAGCAGAGCUGUUUGAGGAACUGAAACAGAAUAAGCCACAGCCUGAUGCCGCCACAGCCAUGGCCAUUACAGCAGAUUCUGAAGCCCUGCCUGAGUCAGAAAAAUACAAUCCUGGUCCCCAGGACUUCUUGUUAAAAAUGCCAGGGGUAAAUGCCAAAAACUGUCACUCCUUGAUGAACCACGUUAAGAACAUUGCAGAAUUAGCAACCCUAUCACAAGACAAGCUCACAGGUAUUCUGGGGCAUGCCGCAAAUGCUAAGCAGCUGUAUGACUUCAUUCACACCACUUACGCAGAAGUGGUGUCUAAAGGGAAAGGGAAAAAGUGAACAGUGCUGUCUGUUUGCUCAUUGAUGACUGCUUUUCAACUGUUCUCUGCCAGCCGUACUGUCAUUAUUAAUUCUUUGUUCAGUGAUUCAUUCUUUUCCAGUGCUUUUAAUGGUUUGCGCUCCAAGGUCGGUGGACCAGAAGCUGAGAUUCCUCUCUGAACAUUGUGUUUAGCUAUCUUUUUAACUUUUGCUUGCCCACUCUCUGCCCACCCCCCAGUGUCCCUGGCAGAUUGCUGCAUUCCAUUUUUAAAUGAGAUGCGUCAGGAUCAGGCAGUGCUUCUGCAAGUAUUUAUUGAAGACUGUUUUGAAGCGAGGAGGGACAGCCACCUCUAAAACUGGAUGACUAGGCUCACCCAAAUACCUGUCAUACAUAUUACAACUUGGUUGUCCAAAAGCAUCUCCAUGUCCCUUUGUUACAAAUGCAAUGAAUUACUAAUUCACAAAAUUUGGUGGUAUAGGUGAAGGAGCCCUUAGAAUUCUGUUUUUACCGAUGUUCAGCCUCCUACAUCUCAAAGAUUUCUAAGCCCAAGUGACUAGUUACAGUCUCACAAAAUCUCCUCUUUUCCUGUCUCUUCAUGAGCCCAAGACACCAUACUACGUCCUCUGUGUCUCCCUGUCCUCCUGUCCCUGUCCAGAGCACCUCUGCCUCCCUGUGUGAGGAUUCAAACACAAGCAAAUGAGUAACCCACAAAACUUUCAAGAUUUCCUUGUCUUCCCUUUGUGUUGAGAUAGAAGGGUUGCAGAUAAAUGGAAGAUCAGUGCACAGUAUAUAAAAUUCAGAAGAAAUACAUAUAUAUAUAUAUAUUUAAAAAUCCAUAAAGAAACUAAUCUCAUUCUAAAUCUCCUGAUUGAUUUAAGGUGGCCUUUUACUGAAGUAUAUAUACAAGACAUUCAUAGCAUCUUUGUGCAGUUUUUUAACUUGGAUACUUAAACAUUAACAUAGCUGUUACAUGUUGAGUAAUGAGCAGUAAAUUUUCUACCUCAAAAUUUUGAUGUAGGCAUGAAUUCUGCUAGCUUAUCACAUAGUUAGCAUUUCAUCAGUGUCAGCUGUUUUUUGGUUUGUCACACUACCGAGACAGUGGACCUUAUAACAAAAACUUGUCGUCACCUUUAACAAAAGUACCGUAACUGAACCUCCCGUAUUGGCAUCUCGAUUUAUUGGCACUUAACCGUAUCGUUGUCUGUCAGUGUCCAUGGAGGAUUGGUUCCAGGGCCCUCCCAUGGUACCAAAAUGUGCAGAUGCUCAAAUCCCUAAAGUAAAAUGUCAUAGUGUUUGCGUAUAACCUACACAUAUCCUCCUGUAUAUGUUAAAUCAUCUCUAGAUGACUUACAAUACGUAAUACAAUGUAAAUUCUAUGUAAGUACUUACACUGUAAUGUUUAGGGGAUAAUGACAAGAAAAAGUCUAUACAUAUUCAAUACAAGUGGAAGUUUUUCCUCAGAUGUUUUCAGUCCUCAAUGGGUGGUAAACCCAUGGAUCCAGAGCCCUCGUAUAGGGAAAGCCAAACUAUGUUAAGAGUGUCAGCUGUGGAUACACGGAUUUUUGGACUCCCGUGCUGGGGAUGAAGCUCAGUGUGCAUUGCUUGCUCAGCUUUUGCCAAACAAAAUCUGAAGUGUUUAAAACUCUAUACAAGGGUACUAUAAAAAUGAAUUGAGGGGUAUCAAGAACCAGAUCAGUUAUCACAGAACCCUGUAAGAGUGGAGCUGAACCUAUGGCAUGGCAUGGGUUCCACGGUGGGCUCUUGGUAUCAUUUAAAGCUCUAAGAGGUUCACCAUCACUGCUGUAAGGUGUCAUGGAGAAUAAGGACAAUGACAAACAUUAGUCUAAGGUGAAUCAAAGAUGAGGCUGCUGAUUUUGUCCCAGAGGUAAAAAUAUGCCCCCAGAAUAGGAAACAAAACUUCUGAGUGAUUACAAUGUAAAUAUUAAUAUUCAUUUUUUAAUUUAUUAUUUUAUUGAAGAGUUCAAUCAUAGUUCAUAGUUUAUUGAAGAGUUCAAUCGUAGUACAUUAAAAUAGAUAUACCACUUCAAAUGGUAAUGAUUAUUAUGUUCCUUCAUCCUAGUCUAGUAUUUCUGCUUGCAGUAUGUGAUCCCUUUUUUUUUCUUUUCUUCUUGUAUAUUUCCACUUGUCUCCUAUUGCUGUUUCAUUACAUAAAAAAUCUUAACAGCACAUUCUGCAAUGGGAACUACAUUCAUAGUUUAGUUGUCAAAACUAAGCUCUUCUCAAAUAUACCAUUUUAAACAGUCUUCGUUACCUAGUGAAACGUAGAUAACACUUAAAUGCAUUUAUUUCUAAUGUCCCUCACUUAUCAAAAUCUGCGCUUUGCUGUUGUGCCUACUGGACAUGAAGAAGGUGCACUGUCUUGUAUGUGUCUGAAUUAUGAUCCUUUUCCAGUGAACUCUAAAAUAGAAUAGGUGAAGGAUUCUCACUGCCACUUCCUUUUCCAACUAAAUAAGUAUAUUUUAAUGUAUUUCUAGUUGUGGAGAGCUUGUCCUACAUCCAUAACUAUUUGAUUUUCUCAAAUUUUUAAAUGAAUUUUUACAAUCUAAUAAGGUUGUUUGGUAAAAGAACUAGAGAGGCAUACAUUACAAAAUGAUGACUUUCUAACAUUUUGCUAACUUUCCUUUGCUUUCAAAACAGUAAAUAUCUGGUUAAUUGAUGAACUUCUGUGUGGCUUUUUAAAAACCCUUUUUAAAUGCUAGAUCAAACUUGUUCCAUUUUGGUUUUGGCUUUUGUCAUUUUGGUUUGGUUUUUGCAGUACUGGGGAUUGAACCCAAGGCCUUCACACUGACU